AUGGCGUCCAUGCAAAAGAAUAUGAUGUUCAUGCAGAAGGCUUCGUGUAUGUUAGGCCUACGCCGCGCGGCAAUAGCAUCCCCGUCUAUUUUCACGCCUCUCACGGCCUUGGCAUGGCAACAACAAGUUCGGCUGCAGACUACAAAGUCCGUCACGAAGCCGCUGAGAGUGCUCACACCUGAGGCUGGUCAGGAAGAGCUGGCUCGCCAACGCCUCCGACGACCAGUGGCGCCUCAUCUGGCCAUCUAUAAAUUCCAAGUGCACUCCGUCAGCUCUGCAAUGGAGCGAAACACGGGGCUUCUCCUCGCUGGCAGCUUGUAUCUCUUCAGCACCUCCUACCUGGUUGCACCUUGGCUCGGCUGGGAUUUGUCCUCAGCAACCCUCGUCGCGGCCUUUGGUGCUCUGCCGCUGGCUGCUAAGCUUGCCCUCAAGUUCUCCAUCGCCUGGCCCUUCACCUUCCACCUCUUCAAUGGCAUUCGGUAUCUUGUCGCCUCCACAGGACGGACGCUGGAGAACAGGUCUCAAAUUGUCAAGGUGGCGUGGGCGGUCAUCGGCUCAUCAGCAGUGGCUGCCGUCGGCUUGGUGGCAUAUUUCUGA